AUGUAUCAGCAUAGUCAUGCAGCUCUCAGUUCCUCUCUUGUUGGCUGGCUUCUCCAAUUAUAUGUAAAGUCUGAAUUGAUGGAGAACCACUAUAAUAGCCUUAAACUAGAAUUUGUUAUUCAUGGCAGGUGGGUUGCAAACUCAUUGGAUUUCAACAAGAACUAUGAUGCCAGUGUUUUUGAGACAACCAUAAGAGUUGUAGGUGGACUUAUCAGUUCAUAUGAUCUCUCUGGAGAUAAAAUUUUCCUUGAAAAGGCUAAAGACAUUGCUGACAGACUGCUGCCUGCAUGGAAUACUCCUUCGGGCAUCCCAUAUAAUAUUAUUAACUUGGCCCAUGGGAAUCCACAUAAUCCUGGGUGGACUGGGGGUGAUAGUAUCCUGGCAGAUUCUGGCACGGAGCAGCUGGAAUUUAUUGCUCUUUCCCAGAGGACAGGUGACCUGAGCUAUCAGCAGAAGGCUGAAGAUGUCAUUCUAGAGCUGGAUAAAACUUUUCCUUCUGAUGGUUUACUUCCCAUCUAUAUUAACCCUCAUGGAGGGACCAGAUCAUACUCUACCAUAACUUUUGGAGCCAUGGGGGACAGCUUCUAUGAAUAUUUACUCAAGGUCUGGAUCCAAGGAAACAAAACAGCCGCGGUGAAGCAUUAUAGAGAAAUGUGGGAGACUUCAAUGAAAGGUCUUCUAAGCUUGGUUCGAAGAACUACCCCUUCUAAUUUCGCAUAUCUUUGUGAGAAGACUGGGAAUUCUUUAACAGACAAGGUGAUAUUUAGUGCUAAUGGGUAAAAUUAUUGCUGAAAA